GCCAGGAGGAAUGCGGGAGCAGGAGUUGAGAUGGGGAGCUGCGGAUGCUUCCGCCCCUCCCCUCUCCCGGGCUUUUCCCCUCGCCCCCUUCUUGCAACUCUCCUUAAUUUUAUUUGGCUUUUUUUAUUAUUAAGACUAUUCUUUUUUAUUUUUAAAUUUAUAUAAAGUAUAUAUGUGUGUGUGGAGCUGAGACAGGCUCGGCAGCGGCACAGAAUGAGGAAAGACACGAGAAAGAGAGAGAGUGGGAGAGAGAGAGAGGCAGAGAGAGAGGGAGAGGGAGAGUGACAGCAGCGCCCGGAGAAUGUCGUGUUCAGUUCCAGCCGGGGGCCGUAUGACUAUGGAUCUAAUUCCUUUUACCAGGAGAAAGACAUGCUCUCAAACUGCAGACAAAACACCUUAGGACAUAACACACAGACCUCAAUCGCUCAGGAUUUUAGUUCUGAGCAGGGCAGGACUGCGCCCCAGGACCAGAAAGCCAGUAUCCAGAUUUACCCCUGGAUGCAGCGAAUGAAUUCGCACAGUGGGGUCGGCUACGGAGCAGACCGGAGGCGCGGCCGCCAGAUCUACUCGCGGUACCAGACCCUGGAGCUGGAGAAGGAAUUUCACUUCAACCGCUACCUAACGCGGCGCCGGCGCAUCGAGAUCGCCAACGCGCUCUGCCUGACCGAGCGACAGAUCAAAAUCUGGUUCCAGAACCGCCGGAUGAAGUGGAAAAAGGAAUCUAAUCUCACGUCCACGCUCUCGGGGGGCGGCGGAGGGGCCGCGGCCGACAGCCUGGGAGGAAAAGAGGAAAAGCGGGAAGAGACAGAAGAGGAGAAGCAGAAAGAGUGACCAGGACUGUUCCUGCCACCCCUCUCUCUCCUCCUCCCUCGUUCUUCCCAACUCCCUCCUUCUCACACACUCUGUAUUUAUCACUGGCACAAUUGAUGUGUUUUGACUCCUUGAAACAAAAUUAGGGAGUUAAACGUGGACCUGAAAGUCAGCUCUGGAGCCCCCUCCCUCACCGCACAAACUCCCUUUCGCCACGCGCCUCCUCCUCGCUGCUCCCUCGCUAGCUCGUUCUCAGCUUGUCUGCAGGCCCCUUCCCCCGCCCAGGCCUUGGGGGUUCGGUCCCUGAAUCUCCCCUCGGACCCCACAGAUCUCCCUCCAAAAGAGGUCUUGGCCUUCCACCCCUUGGACGCCCUCACCCCCUCGCAGAGCCGGUUGCUGGGCCCCGGGGCCUCUGCUUCGGGGCCUCGGGACCGGCCUGGCAGCCGCGGAGGGCGGGAGGGGGGGUGGGCCCAAAAAGGGCGCGUUUUGGCCCCACUGCAAUCCCCCGGGCCUCCCUGCAGCCUCCUUGCCCGGCCCCCUCUGCCCCAGCAAAUGCCCAGCCAAGGCGAAUUGUAUUUAAUGAAUCCUGGGGGUCAUUACUUCAUAUUACAAACUGUGACCGUUUCUGUGUGAAUAUUUUUAGCUGUAUUUGUGGUCUCUGUAUUUAUAUUUAUGUUUAGCACCGUCAGUGUUCCAAUCACGUCUUAAAAAGAAAAAAAAAAGAGGGAAAAUUACAAAAAGAGAAAAAAAGUGAAUGACGUUUGUUUAGCCAGUAGAAGAAAAAAAUAAAUUAAAAAAGAUCCCCUCUUGUUACCCUCCUGUAUAAGUCUGACCUCUG